AAGAGCGCAGUGCCGUUACAACCACCGACGGAUGUGAGCGAUUGUUGCUAAAAGCAUCGAUAAAACGCGCGAGCACGUUUGUUUUUUUUUUUAUAUUAUUUUUUGUUGAUAAUUUUAAACGCUUAAGAAUUUGCCGUUUAUAAUAUAACCGUUUUAAAAAUUAUUAAUGAUUUACGGUAUAAUUAUAUCUGUUUCAAUUUUAAUAUAAACAAUUAAAAUAAAUAAUUAAUUAAUAAUUUUUUUCUAUUCGGCCGUGUGUGAGAAUGUGUGAAUAAAUUAUUUUGGAGUAUAUUUUUUGCAGAUUUCUGCAACUAAAGAUAAGAAAGAGACGGCGUGGCGACAGCGAUGAGGAAAUUCAAGGUUUCUCCCAUUGACGAGGAAUGGAGAAAAUAUUUUCAAUUUUUGAGGGAUGCCGGAAGUUAUGCUAAGCAGUUGGUUUAUCACGCCAUCAAUUUUAUAGGAUUUAACACUCAUUAAAUUGACGUAUGCGUCUGCUACUCCAAAUAAUACACCAGAGGACUGCCGUAUUUGUACGGCGCUAAGUGGCAACUAAAAUAAAAGGAUGGGGUGGGAUGCUUUCAAACGGAUCAAGUGGUCCGUGAUUUUACUAAAAUCAAACAAUCUAACUUGAAAAGUACGAUGUGCUGAAGAGAAUUUAAUCUCGUCGCCAUUGGCCUGCAGACUUUUUGUGGCGACGAAAACUUUAUUCAGAUCAUCAUGGUAGGUGGUCACCAGCCCCAAAACUCAAGUGGGCCUAUAUGCCCUGGCACUAUGAUGAACAUUCUUAACAUAGAUGCCGAGAAUAGGGUGGUGCUCAAUGUUGGUGGUAUAAGGCAUGAAACUUAUAAGGCUACUCUCAAAAAAAUACCAGCUACUCGAUUAAGUCGACUGACCGAAGCUUUAGCCAAUUACGACCCAGUCCUCAACGAAUACUUCUUUGAUAGACAUCCUGGUGUAUUUGCCCAAGUAUUAAACUACUACAGGACAGGUAAACUACAUUAUCCUACUGAUGUGUGCGGGCCUCUAUUCGAAGAAGAGUUAGAAUUUUGGGGAUUAGAUGCGAAUCAAGUAGAACCUUGUUGUUGGAUGACCUAUACACAGCAUAGGGAUACGCAAGAAACACUCGCGGUUUUAGAUCGACUUGAUUUGGACACGGAAAAACCUAGUGAUGAGGAAAUGGCUAGGAAAUUUGGUUUUGAAGAGGCAUUCUUUCAGGGUAGACUCACCUGGUGGCAACGGUUCAAGCCCCAGCUGUGGUCCAUGUUCGACGAACCGUACUCAUCGAACACAGCCAAGAUCAUUGGCAUUGUUUCCGUAUUUUUCAUAUGUGUGUCUAUUUUGUCUUUUUGUCUAAAAACUCAUCCCAACAUGCGAGUACCAGUCAUUAAAAACAUAACGGUGAAUACCUCGCGAAAUACUACUGCCUGGGUUUUGGACAAAACGCAAACAAAUGCACAUGAGGCAUUCUUCUACAUUGAGUAUGUGUGCAAUGCAUGGUUUACGUUUGAGAUAUUAGUCAGGUUUAUAGCAACACCCAAUAAAUGUGAAUUUGUAAAAGCUUCGGUAAAUAUCAUCGAUUACAUUGCUACCGUUAGCUUCUACAUCGAUUUGAUACUACAGAAAUUCGCUGCACAUUUAGAGAACGCAGACAUAUUGGAAUUCUUUUCUAUUAUACGUAUCAUGAGGCUGUUCAAAUUGACAAGGCACUCGUCCGGGCUGAAGAUUCUUAUGCAAACGUUCCGAGCUUCUGCCAAGGAGCUGACUCUACUCGUAUUCUUCCUAGUACUCGGUAUCGUGAUAUUCGCAAGUCUGGUAUACUAUGCAGAACGCAUCCAAGCCAAUCCACACAAUGACUUCAACAGUAUACCCUUAGGACUGUGGUGGGCUCUGGUUACAAUGACUACCGUGGGCUACGGUGAUAUGGCUCCGAAAACGUAUGUAGGAAUGUUUGUUGGAGCCUUAUGCGCUUUAGCAGGAGUAUUGACCAUCGCGUUGCCCGUUCCCGUCAUUGUUUCCAACUUUGCCAUGUAUUACUCACACACCCAGGCCCGAGCCAAAUUGCCAAAAAAGAGGCGUCGGGUGCUGCCGGUUGAACAACCAAGAAUGCCGCGAAUACCCGGGCAAGGUCCACCAAUACAAAUGAAUCAACAAGGUGGUGGUGGUCACGGUCCGUGUAUAGGUGGUCCAGGUGGUAUGCCUCCUAACAUAGCAGGAGCACCAGUCAAUACUACUGGCGUUCCAGCGGUUAAUCGAAGGAUGAAUGCUAUUAAAAGCAAUCAUCCAAAAGACAAUGCAGGACCAAAAGUUGUAGGUGUAGCGAUGACGUUGAAUCCAAAUGGCGUAGGGGUGAAAGCAGAACCUGUUAUGUCUACUGGUGUACCUAGAAAACAAUCAGCUAUAAAGACGUAAAAUACAAAAAAUAUUUGCUCUGAUCAUUAGAGAAACGUCGAUAUACCGAAAUUAAUAAAUACUGUUAUUCUAAACCUCAAUAAAAUUGAGAACCUUUUUUUAAAUA